UUCAUAAUCCCCUGUCGGACCACCAUCCUUCGCUCUUUCGUUUCCACUCCCUUCCCAUUUGAUCAGCGAGAGAGAGAGAGAGCGCCGUUGAAGAAGAAGAAGAAGAAGAAGAAGAAGAAGAAUGAUUCCACAACAAUGGGCACCACCAUGUGGAAGCCAAUGCACGCACAAAUACGCUGCUCUUACGCAGAUUCCAUGGAGAGUAUUUUGCAAAAAAGGGUGUGGCUCUGAUGGUGAGACAUGGGAGGAGUGCUUGGGAGAGUGCGAUGAGAUAUGCUACAAGGAUCCAGUUUUAAAGGACCGACAGUGGAGUGCUUACAUUGACCGUUCUCCUGGUGCUGCCAGCUACUCAGAGGAAUGCUUCCAUGCUUGUGUAGCCGGCUGUGGUUACAAGUAUGAGAUUCCAUCAGAGAAAGUCGAUCAAGUUCAUCCAAACAGGCCAACUAAGCCUCCUCCAGAAAAGAAACCACCGCCACCACCUACUGUUAAAGCCAGCCCCCCUUCUGAAUCCAGUACGAGCACUGAAGAUAUACUCGGUGCUUCUGCAUAGCGACAGAGAGCAUAUACACACAUCAUGUAUACCAUACAAAUUUUGUCUCAGGCUUUUUUUUGUUCUUUUAACUUGGCUAAUGUUUUUACAUUGUCUUGCCCUGCUUUGGGUUUCUCAAGCUUCAGGUGCCCUAAAAAAAUUGGCCCUUUUUUCUUGAUGACAUUAACUAUCAAUGUGAUGGUUAUAUUUUUCUGAAAAACUCUUCUCUAAUUUGAUAUGAAUCUUUACUGCAUUUUGUG